GGUUUGCCGAUACAUAUGAAUCAGUUAACCGAAAACUGGUAGUGUAAUUUUUUGUUAGUUAAGAAAAACAAAUAACGAACGGAAAACUAGAAAUUUUUGGGGAAUUAUUUUUUUUAAUUUGAAAAAUAAAUCAGAAGAAUGGCCCAAAACUGGUUGCAUUCAUCCCCCUAUGCACCGCUGCCACCCAAGGCUGUGGUCGGUGGCUACGACAGCGAUGGCAGUCCCAUUUAUGUGGGACGUUCAUUUCACGAGGGCGAUUGCCUGCCCACCAAAGUUAUACCCAGCAAACGUUCGGCCUUUGUGGCAUGGGCUGGUGGCGAACAUCCCAAAGCCCACUAUGAAUUGUUGCUGGGCGAUGGUUAUUCGUGGCAGCCCUGCUUCGGGCCCAAUAUACCGCCGAACGCCAUCAGCACGGGUAAAACUAGCAACGGAGAAGCCGUGUAUGUGGGUCGUGGCCACUAUGCCAACAGCUUGACGGUGGGUAAAGUUCUGCCCUCUCAUGGCUGUUUGUAUAUUCCCUACCAGGGAGGGGAAAUUAAAUUGGAGAAAUAUGAGGUGUUGGUAUACGGCGGCGGAGCACCCGAAGCGGCACCUUUAAUUGACUUGGAUGAUUACAAAUGGGUCCACUCUUCGGCCUAUUCCAGCCUGCCACCCAAUGCUGUGGUGGGUGGCAAUGAUUUCGAUGGUGACAUGAUGUAUGUGGGCAGAGCUUUCCACCAUGGCGAUAUGUUGGUGUUGAAAGUGGUUCCCGCCAAGAAAUUGGCCUUUGGUUCGUGGAGGGGUGAGGAGGUGCCCAAGGAUCAUUUUGAAAUCUUGUGCGGCCGCAACUUGGUGUGGCGCCACUGCUAUAACCACAUGAUCCCCGACAAUGCUGUGGUGUGUGGCACCACGUCGUUGGAACAGCCUGUCUACAUUGGCAGAGGCCAUUACGAGGGUAGUUUAACUGUGGGCCGUAUUUCCAAAGUCCACAAGGCUUUGUUUAUACCCUUCAGGGGAGUGGAGCGUCGUCUGGAAACCUAUGAAAUUUUGGUUGAUGAGAAACAGUCGGCUGGCUGGAAGGUGGAACUGGCAUCCACCGAUCCCUUACCGUCACCACCUCCCCCACCACCAAUGACACCAGAAAAGGUGUGUCCCUAUCCAGAAUUGAAAGCACCCAUGCCAAUGCCAGUACCCACACCAAUGGGUCCACCACCACCCUACACACCCGUGGCAACUCCCAUGCCCAUGCCAAUGCCUACACCCAUGCCAAGUUAUUUGCCUCCAAAACCAGGCUUCACUGAAGCCACCACAUAUGUACCCCCCGUUGCAGGGGCAUAUCCUCCAUCCCAAAUAAUUCCAGCCUCCACAUACAAUUCGUCGACCUACCCUCCACCACCACCGCCAGCUACAAUUGUGGUUACGGCAACAACUUACCAGCCCUCCAACCGUUUUGACAAAUGGAUGCCAGCAUCACCGGCAUACACUCCUGGCGAUGCUGUACAUGCUGGCCAAGAUUCUGAUAUGUCCACCAUUUAUGUUUGCCGUGCCUUCCACAAUGGCGACUUUAUACCCGGUAAAGCGAUACCAGGACGCUCUUCGGCCUACAUUUCGUAUCAGGGUCAAGAGAUUCACAAAACAAAUUUCGAAAUUCUGGUGGGUCAACAUUACAUUUGGGUUCCGGCCAUUGAUGGUUAUGCCCCCGGUGCCGUUGAGGGUGGGCGCACCAGCAGUGGUGAAAUUUUAUACAUUGGUCGUGCCCACUAUCAUGGCUCCUUGACGUGUGGUAAAAUUCAUCGUUCCCAUGGCUGUCUCUAUAUACCCUAUGGCGGAAGGGAGAUCCGCAUCGAUGGAGGCUAUGAAAUUCUGGUACAUCGUGAGGACUAUUAUCGCGGUGGCCAAUACAUGGGCUAUUGAGGAGGAGGAGCGUUUGUUGUCUUACUUUGGUGUAUAAAAAUUAGAGCGACUGUUAUGUAAAUAUAUAAUCGUAUGUAAAUAUGUUUAUUCAAAUCAAUUAAAUAAUAAAAACCAUAAUUAUCCGAUAGCAGAUA